AAUAAGUUGCUACCACUAUACUUGCUGGCGGUUGCAGCGCACCGUCGCGGGACGCCUGAGCGGCACUUCACUUUCAUUGAUCGAAAAUGCAGCAGGCUCUUGCCAACCGUCCUUGCGCGGCACGCCGUGCUGCGGCUGCUCGCUUCGGACGCGAGCGCUGCGUGAAGGUGCAGGCCGUCUCCACGGCGAACACCAAGCCCACUGUCCUGGUCGCUGAGAAGCUGGGCGCUGCUGGUAUUGACAUGCUGAAGCAGAGCUGCAAUGUGGAGACUGCUUACAACAUGAAGCCCGAGGAGCUGUGCGCCAAGGCGUCGCUCAUCGACGCGCUCAUCGUCCGCAGUGGCACCAAGGUGACCCGCGCCGUGUUCGAGGCCAGCAAGGGCCGCCUCAAGGUGGUGGGCCGCGCCGGUGUCGGUGUGGACAACGUGGACCUGACCGCUGCCACCGAGUACGGCUGCCUGGUGGUCAACGCCCCCACCGCCAACACCGUUGCCGCUGCCGAGCACGGCAUUGCGCUGCUGUGCGCCAUGGCCCGCAACGUCGCCCAGGCCGAUGCCUCGAUGAAGAGCGGCAAGUGGGACCGCAACACCUACGUGGGCACCAGCAUGGUCGGCAAGACCAUUGCCGUGUACGGCUUUGGCAAGGUCGGUGCUGAGGUGGCCCGCCGCGCCAAGGGCCUGGGCAUGGCCGUCCUGGCCUACGACCCCUACGCCUCCCAGGAGAAGGCCGCCGCCCAGGGCGUCAGCCUGGUCUCGUUCGACGAGGCCCUGGCCCAGGCCGACUUCCACUCGCUGCACAUGCCGCUCACGCCCGGCACCAAGAACCUGUUCAACGAUGCCGCGUUCGCCAAGAUCAAGAAGGGCAGCCGCAUCAUCAACGUGGCUCGCGGUGGCGUGAUUGAGGAGGCCGCGCUCGCGCGUGCGCUGGAUGCCAAGCUUGUGGCGCAGGCUGCUCUUGAUGUGUUCAUGGAUGAGCCCCCCAAGUUUGACGGCCACCCGCUGAUUGGCCGCCCUGACGUCAUCUGCACCCCUCACCUGGGCGCCUCCACCAUGGAGGCCCAGGAGGGCGUGGCCAUUGAGGUGGUGGAGGCCGUCGUGGACGCCCUUGCCGGCAAGCUCUCCAGCAACGCCGUCAACGCGCCCAUGGUGCCCGCUGAGAUCCUCAAGGAGCUGCAGCCGUACAUUGUCCUGGCCGAGGGCCUGGGCAAGGCUGCCGUGGGCCUGGUGAAGGACAGCGGCUUCACCGACAUUGCCAUCACCUACUCGUCGCCUCGCGGUGACGACCUGGACACCCGGCUGCUGAGGGCCAUGGUGAUCAAGGGCGUCCUCGAGGAGAUCACCACCGCCAAGGUCAACCUGGUCAACGCUGACCUGCUGGCCAAGAACCGCGGCCUGAAGCUGACGGAGGUCAAUGUGCGCAGCGGCGAGGGCAACGAGGUGCUGAGCAGCAUGUCGGUCUCGCUGGGCACCUCGGCAUCCAGGUUCUCGGCGGCUGUGGACAAGACGAACCGCAUCUACGUGGAGGGCAAGGUCAUGAACGGCACGCCCUUCCUGACCAAGAUAGGCAACUUUGAUGUGGAGCUGGCGGUGCAGGGCUCGGUGAUGCUCACGCGUCAGCGUGACCAGCCCGGCAUUGUGGGCGGUGUGGGCAUGGCCCUGGCCAAGGACAAGGUCAACAUCUCCUUCAUGACCGUGUCCCGCACGGCCAAGGAUGGCGAGGCCAUCAUGGCUAUCGGCAUUGACAGCGAGCCCUCGCCCGCCAUCAUGCAGGAGAUCACCAGCGUGCCGGGUGUCGUGGAGGUGACGAUCUUCAAGGACGUGCCCCAGACCGAGCAGUAAGCGACAGGCGGCGGUGCGCCUCCUUUUGACGUCUUGAGCCUCGUCUUGCUUGCCGUGUCGGCUACCGUGUUGGCACUAACCGUGUCAGAGGAGAGGCUGCUGCGCUACAGCGUCAUGUCGUGGCCAAAGCAUGCGCCUUGCUACUUGAUGUUGCCUUGGAUAGCAAGCUGCAGAGUCACCAUGUGUUGCUGGGUGUCGGUUGCCUGUUGGUUGCUGGCUAGGUGGCGGUACUACUGUCAGGUGGUUGGGUUGGGCUGCGUGUUUUGAACCGGAAUAGUGCAUGGCAUAUAUGGAGUGAAGGAUGUACUGAGGGACAAGACCUGAUGGGUGCGCGUCAGCGCAGCGGCUGAGUCUUGAGACAAUGCGAGCGAGCAGGUUGACUUUGUACAGGCGCGUGUGGGUGCAGCGACAGUAAUGGUAUGUAACUUCAAUGAGUUCUUGUGUAGAUGUCACUUGACGGUGUUGACAUGUGGAUUGCCGUACCUUUUUUGGUUGUGUCGUGCAGCGGCGUGUAAUGCCUUGGGUUUCAUUGCUUAUCGCACGGUAUCAAGUGCGGUUAGUAGCUGGGCCCUUUGCUGCGGCCACAUGUCCAUUGUGCCUAGGCUUGAGAGGUCGGCGCCUGUGUUUGUUUUGGCGUGCAAACGCUACUAGACAGUUUGUCUGGAGGAGACGCACAGACCCCUUUUCACAACACGUUCCAUGACCAGAUUGACGACGAUCGAGAUGACUUCUCUUGUGCUAUUGAACCUCUUUUUGGUGAGGAGAGCGAGGAUGGUGGCGAUGACGCCUCACGUUCUGCUGUCAGCUUGCGCGUUUGUGCAUGCGUGCGCUUUGCGUGGAUUGCGAUACCCUUAGCGUGCGCGCUGUUCAGUGUGCUGUGCUGGGCGGUUAAGGGCGCGGUCCAGGCCACAAGGAUAUAUGGGUCCAUACUCGGCUGCCCUCUUUGGCAUGGCAGCACGGGAGAAGACCCGAGAGAGCCCCGAAAGCACCAUGUAAUGUGCUUUUGGCCA